UCGGGGGUGGAGUGCAGGGGGUGGUCGCCGGGAUUUGUGGACCAGCGAGCGCGUCCCUCGCGGCGACAGAUUACGUGACGGCGGCAUGCUAUCCCCCGGGACCUCAGCUCACCCUGACCGCCUCUCACCCUCAGCCCCACGUCGUUGAUCCCGCGAUGACGCCCACCUCGGCGCCGGUACCGACUCCGACGACGGCGUCGGGACCCAACAACCCGGUCGCCAUGAGCCAACUGGGAACCGUCUAUGCCACCAAAAGACGACGUCGAAAUGGAAAAAGCUUAAAACCACCGCAAAAGGAUGGGGUAACGAAGUCGAAUCCGAGCAAACGGCAUCGCGAGCGAUUGAACGCCGAACUGGACACUCUGGCAUCCUUGCUUCCGUUCGAACAAAAUAUUCUCAGCAAGCUUGACCGACUCAGCAUCCUCAGACUCAGCGUCAGCUAUCUUCGAACGAAGAGCUACUUUCAAGUGGUGAUGCACAAAGACAAGGAAGAAAAUUCGCACCACGAUUCGCAUUACCGGGCGAGGGAAUUGGCGGCGUUCGCUGCCUACGACCAUCAUCAUCUCGAUGGCGAAAUGUUCCUGCAGGCGCUGAACGGGUUCCUGCUCAUACUGACCUGCGACGGCGAAGUGUUCUUCGCCACUCACAGCAUAGAAAGUUACCUUGGCUUCCAUCAGUCCGACAUCGUCCAUCAAAGCGUUUACGAGCUGGUCCACAGUGAAGAUCGAGAGGAACUCCAAAGGCAGCUCAUGUGGAAUUCUUUUCUACCCGCCGAAAGUGCGAGUCUCCCCUUGCAUGACGCCCUUUCACCCCAGCACAGUCAUCUUCUCGAGCGCAGCUUCACCGUCCGCUUCCGGUGUCUCCUGGACAACACUUCCGGCUUUUUGCGUUUGGACAUCAGGGGACGAGUGAAGAUACUCCAUGGUCAAAACAGGAAAACGGAAGAGCCGCCGCUGGCUUUGUUUGCUCUGUGCACGCCGUUCGGCCCACCAUCGUUGCUCGAAGUUCCGCAGAAGGACGUGAUGUUCAAAAGCAAGCAUAAGCUCGACCUUGCGCUGGUUUCUAUGGACCAACGAGGAAAAAUGUUGUUGGGAUAUUCGGACGCGGAACUCGCGAACCUUGGCGGCUAUGAUCUAGUCCAUUACGAUGAUUUGGCGUACGUUGCGAGCGCUCAUCAAGAAUUAUUGAAAACCGGAGCAUCGGGCAUGAUAGCGUACAGAUUCCAGAAGAAAGACGGCGGGUGGCAGUGGCUGCAGACUAGUUCCAGACUAGUCUACAAGAACUCGAAGCCCGACUUUGUCAUCAGCACGCAUCGGCCACUCAUGGAGGAGGAGGGUCGGGAUCUUCUCGGUAAACGAACAAUGGACUUCAAAGUGAGCUAUCUGGAUGCCGGCCUGACCAACAGCUACUUCUCGGACAGCGACAGCCUCACAGGUUCCGUGAUGACGCCGACACUUCCCAGCCAACCGACGUCACAGAGAGUGAACAGGCGGUACAAGACCCAGCUGAGAGACUUCCUGUCCACCUGUCGAAACAAACGUACCAAACUGACCGCUCAAUCGUCCGUUUCUCCACCCGCCACACCCACUGUCGCAUCCGUGGAUUACCUCGCGGCUGAUACCAGCGCUGCGGCUGCAGUUGCAGCAGCGUACAGCAACCUGAACACGAUGUAUCCGACUGCUUACGCACCUACUGCGGUCGCAGCAAGCACGGAUCCCUCGUUGACCACGUAUAUUGGUCACACCGGCAACUAUCAUCAGACUUUGUAUCCAGCUACUGCGUUGGACAAUAGGUACCUCACCGCAGCGACGGAAAAUCUAUUCCAAUACAGGCCUCUGGGCUCCUAUUAUCCAGAGUACCAUACCAGCACAGCAUACAAUGGUUUCAUCGACGUCUCGCUACCUACCUACGAGACGCAUCAACUAACAAGUAAAGCGGAAGAGAAGCUGUACUGUCAACAGCUGGGCGAAUCUCCUAAGUACAGCUACGUAGAAACCAGACAUCCUAGCAGCGUCAGCGGAUCCCCGUAUGCAGCCAGUCCUGUUGCGAGUGCAUCCACGAUGCAUACUGCAACGGCAGACAUUAACAUCGUCCGUGCUGGUAGCAGGCACUCCCUGGAAGGCGGAGCUUCCUCCAGUAAUUCCGCUGGAAGUUCCCCGGUAACCGGACCUACGAACGGCGUGCUCACUCCGAAAAUAGAGGACGUGAAACCGGAAGUUUACGGAAAUGAGGCGCCACGACAAACUGUUCUCAUGUGGGGAGCGCCCCCUGCUCGUACUCCACCGAGAAACAACGGCAGCUACAGUCCACCCACGCCACAUUCCACCCAUUCCUCUACACAUUCCACUAACGCUAACGCUGGAGAUCCGCUCAAGUCUCUGGCGGAAAUGAAUUCCAUGAACGGCGAGUGCAAAUGGCGACAGACGUCGCCAAGCGAGCAACAGACUACCGCGCCCAGUUCACCGAGGACCAAGGCGCAGCCACAGCAACAGCAUCAACACCAUCAACAGCAACAACAGCCCCAACAGCAACAGCAGCAGCAACAACAACAGCAACAACAGCAUCAACAGUACCCAGUGACCACGUCUCAGUAUCAAGCAGCAGCGGCAGCCGCGGCUGCAGCUGCGGCCGCAGCAGCCAGCACUAUCGGAUACGCGCACUCGCAUCCAGGCCAUGGCCACGGGGAAGCGGGCUCCGAGCACACCCCCGUCAGCUGUGGGAACGGGGACGGGAAUCGGCAUGGGCAUCGGCCCGGACAGCAACACCAGCAACAGCAACGUCUUGUACCAUCCACCGCACCACCACCCUCAGCACCAACACGCGGUGGCAUCAUCAGCGGCGGGAAUGGGCCCAACUGUCCCUCAGAUUCCAAACCGGACGCCGGGAGUCCUCUGUUGUCCAUCUCUGAGGUGACUAACACCCUGCUCAACCAAUAG